AUAAAUGAGUUGGGAUUCGGGUUUGAUUCCCCUGAGGUGGAUCCACGUUUGUCCGAUACUUUUCCUGCUUUGGGUCUUUAUUAUGAUGUUAAUAAGAGCUACAACGACGCCAUCUCCAAGCCUUCCACCUCUCCUCCUUCAGUUGUAUCGGAUUGUGAUAGUAUUCCUUCCCCUAUUGGCAGUCCCCACGCCAUUGUUGGCCCUGGUGAUAAUCCGCGAACGGUGAAAACGAGGUUGAGGCAAUGGGCGCAGGUUCGAACUGUGAGAGUGGAGAAGAGGAUAAAUGAGACAGAUAACUACAGCAAAACAGGUUUGUUCCAGAAGGACGGUACUGAAGGAACAAAUCUCAGAAUUUGUGCUGCUAAUACUAUAUAUUGCUCAUCAAAUAAACAAGGGUUUGUCUUUGCAAAAUUUGCUAACACGUUGAGGAUUCACCUUUUGCUCUUACAUAAGUAUAUCAAGGUGAUCUUUUCUGAUUGUCGUGAAACUUCUGCAUCUCAGCCGAGGGUACAUGAAGAUUGGAUAACCAGAAAUGUAGCAGAUGUAGUUUGCAUGUUUGCACGGCAAGUAGAUGAAUUGAUUCAAUCUCUAUCAUUGGCGAAAGAUAUACUUCCCCCUUCAUAUAACUUUUAUGAUCUUUCAACUAUUUAUCUAUGUUUUUAUAUGGGAUGAUGAAUAUAUCACAUGCUUCAGAAAAGGAUAAACGUGGUGAAAAAUAUCGAUUCACUAUAAAAUUGAUUUGAGAACUGGCGUUUUCUUCAUUUGUAUGUUGUUUCUAUGUUGGAAUGGAUGAAGGGUGGGACGCUUUUUCACUAUAAAAUUCUGAAAGGCACUCAAUCUAUUUUCAUUGCCCCAUUCACUAUUCUGAACCUUUUUAAGUAGCCUUUGCUAUCUGUUGACACAUUUUUUUUCUCCCAGAGAAGUGUUGUCAACCAGCUAAAAUCCGAUAUGGAGAAGUUGCAGGAAGAAAUCAAGGCCCAACUGGCAGAACUUGAGUCUUUUAAAAUGGAAUACACAAAUGCACGAUUGGAAUGUAAUGCUGCUGAUGAACGUGCCAAUAUAUUGGCUUCUGAAGUCAUUGGUUUGGAGGAGAAGAAAGAAAAUGUCUAGCCUAGAGAAAGAGCGUCAGGAUUUUCUAUCAAUCAUUGAAGCACUUAAAGAAGCACAUUCAUUUGACAGGAUAAUUUGGAAACCCUGUUGCAAGAGAAGGACAUUUAGGCUGAUCUAGUCCGUUGCUUGCAGCAUUUGCAGUUAAGAUUUGAAAUUGAAGACAAAGCAAGGAGACUUUUAAGUAAUGUGUCAUUUUUGUUGAAACCAGGGGGUUAUUUUUUCGGUAUUACUCCUGAAAAAGUGAUUGCCAAAAAUUGCUGUUUCUGGAUUUGUGUAUUUUCCUUUCUUUUUUUAUUCUUAUGGUUACUGCUGCCCUUGUUUCUGGUAGGUGAUUGUGUAAACAUUUGUGUACUUUAGUUAUUGUAAGAAUAUUUUUAACAUUGUUAAUUUUAAUAUUAUUGUAAGAAUAUUUUGAAUUAUAA